CGGUGACGCCCGGGCGUCAUCCGCCGCCGGGCGGGCACCAGGGCGCGCGGGACGGCCGCCCGAUGACGCCGCAGCGGCUGUUCUCGCCCAGCAGGAUGAUGGGCUCGCCGGCACCGCAGAUGGGCCGCGGCGCCGACGAGCCGGCGGCCACCCAGGACGUGAUCGACAAACAGUCGCAGGAGUAUGUGGACGAAAAGCUGGCAGAGUUUCAGGCGGCCAUCCAUCACCUGCAAGAUGAACAGGAACGUGUGCAAAAGAAGACGUUUUUGAACUGGAUCAACUCGUACCUGAGAAAGCAUCAGCCGCCGAUGCAGAUGCACAGUUUGAUAGAGGACCUGAAGGACGGCUCGCGGCUGCUGGCGCUACUACAGGUGCUCUCCGGACAGAAACUGCCCGUGGAGCGCGGAAGGAUACUGAAGCGGGCCCACUUCCUGAGUAACGCCAACACGGCGCUCCAGUUUCUGCACAGUAAAAACAUAAAGCUAGUCAAUAUCAAUCCGUCGGACAUCGUGGAUGGCCGGCCGGCCGUGGUGCUCGGACUCAUCUGGACCGUGAUACUCUAUUUCCAGAUUGAGGAGAACACCCGUGUUCUGGAGCAGCUGGCUCGUCGCAGCAGCGUCACCGGACAGGAGGCGCGCUCUGCGACGGCCACGCCGACCGGGACGGCGCCAGCGGCCGGCGCCCAGGCCAGCCCGGCGGCCCGCGGCGGCGCGCGACGCACACUGCUCAACUGGGCGCGCACCGCCACCAGGUCGUAUGGUAUCGACAUUAACGACUUCGGCAGCUCGUGGCGGGACGGAAAGGCGUUUGUGGCCAUCGUCCACUGUAUUAACCCCACCUGUAUCGAUGUGAACGCCACCGAACGGAUGGCCACUCAGGAACGACUCGACAAAGUGUUCAAGGUAGCUGAAGAGGACCUGGGCAUCGCGCGCCUGCUGGAUGCCGAGGACGUGAACGUGCGGGACCCGGACGAGAAGUCCAUCAUGACCUACGUGGCGCAGUUCCUGCACAAGUACCCCGACCCUAAGGCCGUGGCGCAGCCGGCGACCGGCGCGGCCCGCUCCCCGGGCCAGGAGGUGAACGAAAUAGCCGACUGGGUGGCCAGGACGCGACAGGCGCUAUCAGCGCUCCGGCCGCCCCAGCAGGAUGACUUUAUGAGCUUUAAAUCGGUGAAGAAUGACGCGUCGGAGCGCUACCUGCGCUAUGAGAAGCUGAAGACGCUCGGGCUGUCGGUGCCCGGACACAUGUGGACGCGAGUGGACGAGGAGUGGAACUCCCUGGAGCGGCUGCUGAGUGAGUGGCAGAGCCAUCUGGACUCUCGGCUACCCGAGCCGCUGCUCUCGGUUGUUCAGUGGAUCACCGGAGCGGAGACGUUCCUGGAGGCGGGUGACGACGCGCCCACAGAGGCCGACGAGCGCACCGCCAAACUGCUCACCGCCAGCCUCGAGGAGCACAUGUCAUUUUUCGGCGAGCUGCCGCGGGUGGAGGCGGAGCUGCGGCGCGGCGCGCAGCUGCCCGCAGCCGCCCAGCUGCCGCCGCAGCAGCUGGCGCACAUCGACAAACGACUGAAGGCGGUGCGCGGCCAGGCCCACCGGCGAUGGGUGCGGCUCAAGUACCUCGAGCACAGGUGUUGCAUCAUCGCCUUCCUGAUCCUGAUGGAGGGCCGGGUGCGUGCCUGGACGGUGAAGCUGGGCCGCCAGCCGCGCGUCGAGCAGAUGCUGCACGAGUACCAGACGUUCGUCUCGGACCGCAACGUGUUCCAUGAGUUCGAGCAGGCCUUCAUCGAGAUGAAACAGGUGGCAGACGCGUUCGUCAAGGAGGGCGGCGUCGGUCCCCAAGAGAAGGAGGUGGUGGUACACUUUAUCAACGAGGUCGGCGAGCGGUGGCGCUCCGUAUCUGUGGAGCUGCAGUGUCUCCGCUCCAUGCUCGAGGAGGUGUUGUCCUGCUGGAAGAAGUUCUCUCAGGGCAGUGAGGCUCUCAGCUCGUGGAUGGACAGUGCUGAAACAAUGGUGACACAGAGUGAAGAACAGAAGCUCGAGUUCUUCCAGGACCUUCCAUCGUGGUCGGAGCGGUACCAACAGACGGAGGACUCUGGCCAGUUCCUGACGGCCGCCUGCCAGGACGACGUGGCUGCGGAGGUGCAGAACGCCCUACAGCAACUACAGACGCGCUGGCAGCAGCUCUUCAAGCACGUGAAGCGGUACAUGCAGAGCGGUCAGAUCCGCCAGCGCCUGGCCGAGUUUGCUGAGGCAACCGCCCGGCCGCGGCGCUGGGCGGAGACGGCUGAGGCACUGCUGACGGCGCCGCUGGACUGUCGACAGCCGCAGCUGGCGCACAGGAGGCAGGAGGCGCAGGAGCUGCUGGCGGAGCUGCCCGACGUUGAAGCCGACCUGAAGACGGCCGGCAAGCUAAUCCAGCUACUUGGCGAGGACGUGUCUCCGGAGAAACAACAGGAGAUGACGCAGACACUACGAGAGCUCAGGGAGUCGGUGUCGGACGGCCAGGCGGGUUGCCAGCAGCAGGCGGACGUGUGCGCCCAGUCGGCCGACCGGCUGGCGGCGGCCGGCCGCGGACAGGCAGAGGUCUCCGCCUGGCUGGACGAGCUGUCCCAGCUGCUGGACGGGCCGGCGCCGGCCACCGAGGCGGGUCAGGUGGCCCAGCGGGCCGACCAGCUGCAGACGGUGCUCUCCCGGCAGCUGUACUGCCGCUCCCUGCUGGACUCCACCACCAAGAUCGUGUCGGGUCUGCUGGAGGCGGCGCGUGCCGUACCGGCCCUGGACACCACUCAGCUGGAGCGGGAACAGGCGGCCGUCAGUGGCCGGUUCGCCGAGCUCACGGCCGGCGCCGAGCGGCUGCAGCAGGAGCUGAGCAGCUAUUCUGACGCGUGGCGCCGGUUCGAGGCCGCCGAGCGGGGCGUCACAGAGUGGCUGGAGGUGGCCGAGCAGCUGCUGACGGAGCGCGCCGACACCGAGGCCGCCGUCGAACAGCACAAGCGAGUAUUCUACGAGGCGCCCACGGAGCGUCUGACCGAGCUGAGCGACUGCGGCCGAGAGCUGUUCGAGUCGCUGCCACCAGAGGCCCGGGAGCCAGUGAAGGCCACUGUGGCCCGACUGCACGACCGAUGGCAGCGGACGGUGGAGCGCGGCCCGGCGCACCUGGCCCGUCUGGAGGUGCUGGCCACGCUCAGUCAGCUGAGCCAGCAGCUGACGGAGCUGGAGCGGCACCUGGCGGACGAGGACCACGCCAUCCACCGCGGCGGGGAGCUGGCGCAGCUGGCCGAGCGGCACCGCAGCACCGUCCAGCCGCUGGCAGAGCGGAUCGGAGAAAAACUGGCAGACGCCAGAGAGACAUGUCAGCAGCUGGGCUCCCAGGACCGGGAGGUGGUCACCCAGCUCCGCUCUCUGGAGGACCGGUGGCGCCACCUCCAGCGCCGAUCCGACUCCGUCAGCAGUCAGCUGGAGCAGAUGUCGGCACGAUGGAGCGAGUACGAACAGAGGCGCCAGCAGACGGCCGACUGGCUGUCGGCGGUGGAGAAGAGUCUGCAGACGGACAUCGACACGGUGGAUUCGCCGGAGCAGCUGCAGCACACCAGGGACCAGUUCCAGGCUGUGUUCGGCGAGCUGGCGCAGCGCAAGCAGACGAUGCGCUGGCUGGUGUCCACCCUGGACGCGCUGGUCACCUCCGUGCCCGGCCCCGAGGCCGAGACGCAGAGACAGCAGCUCUCUGAACUGGUGAUGCGAUACAAGGAGCUGGUACCGAGGCUGGAGACGACGGCCGUCCGCCUGGACGGACUGGCCAAGUGUCACAGCUACAGAGUCGAGAUCGAUGAGAUCGUUCGCGUGCUGUACGAGGCGCGUGCCGAGUCGGCCGCGGUGCCCACUGUCUGGGAGAGCGCCGAUCAGCUGGCCGACAGCAGGCAGCAGCAGCAGCGCGCCGUGCAGCGACUCGAGGAGCAGCGGCCGCGCGUGCUGGCGGCCGUGCAGCGCGGCCGGGACCUGAGCCGGGACCUGAGCCAGGCGCCUGCACUGCUGCCCGAGGCACUGGAGCAACUGGAGCUCGUCUGGGCAGAGAGCAACGCCGAGGUCAUACAGAGACUGGACAGCGCUACGGAGACGGAGCGGCUGUGGACGGAGCUGGCCGACCGGCGGGCCGACCUGCAGUGCGCGCUGGCCACACACCGAUCAGCGCUGGACGCUGCCGCCGACACCGCCGAGCCGGGCCCGGCGCUGGCCGAGCUGGCCGCGCACGUACAGACUCAGCAACCGGAGCGGGCGCGCCAGAUGCAGCAGCGGCUGCAGCAGAUCGCCCAGCAGCUCGGCGGCCGGCUGGCGCCCGAAGCCGCCCAGCAGCUCAAACAGCAGGUGGAGGAGAGUGACGCCGACGUGGCCGCCGUCUCGGAGCAGCUGCAACAGAAGAUGGACAACCUCACCAGUGCCGCGCAGACCUGGGCGCAGGUCAGCGACCGUGUGGAGGCGGUGCGACUGGGUCUUCAGUCGGCCCAGCGCAGUCAACAGCGGCUCAGCACCCUGGACAUGCCGCCGGAGACUCGCCGUCAGCAGCUGCAGCAGCUGACCCAGCAGCUGCAGCAGCACGCCGAGGAGCGCCAGCAGCUGAACGAACUCAUGGACACGCUGCAGUCAGAGGGAUACGACGGCGGCCAGUUCCGGAGUGAGCUGGCUAUCCUGGGAGACACGCUGCAGCAUAUGAGCGAGGCGGCCGCCCAGCAGCGCGCCGUGCUCGAGGACGAGUACAAACACUGGCAUACCUACCAGGAACAGGUGGGUGAGCUGGUGCCGUGGCUGGACUGGGCAGAGGAGAAGGUGGCCGCCGACCUGCCGCGGCCCGCUCAACUGGAGGAGGCCGCCGAGAUACUGCAGCAGUGCCAGCACUUUGAGGACCAGUGUGUCGACAAGGAGCCGGCCGUCAAGGUGAUAGUGGACGAGAGUGCCCAGAUGGUUCAGGUGUUUAACGUCUCGGACCAGGCCGACUCGCUGGUCACACGCUGGACAAAGGUCCGAGAGACAUCGGUCGCCUGGGUGCAGCAGAUGCAGAGUCUGGUGACCGCUCUGAGGGACGUGCACACGGAGCUGUCCUCAGUACGUCAGUGGCUGGACGAGGUGGGCGCCGCAGUGCCCGCCGAGGGAGACGUUCCUGACGCCAGCCAGGAGCUGGAUACACUGCAGCCGGCGGUGAGUGAGCUGCCCGGCCGGCAGUCGGCCGUGCUCGGCCUCCAGCAGCGCUGUGACCAGCUGGCCGACCUGCUGAACCCGGAGGGCGCCGCCGCGCUCCGGUCUCACGUGGCUGCCCUGCGCUCCGAGGUCUCCCAGCUGAACCAGACUCUGAGGCAGAGGCAGGCCAAGACUGCCGACGCUGCCAGUCAGAGGGAGGAGACGUACCGUCGUCUGACGGCGCUCACCGGCUGGCUGGACGGCCUGAAGACCCAGCUGGCUGAGUUUGACCGGGUCCAGAUCGACUCGCUCUGGGAGUGUCUCACAUCGCUGGCCGCCAUGCAGCAGGAGCUCACUUCGAAACUACCGAACUGCGAGUCAGUCCGAGAGGACGCCACCAGUCUCUACAACGAGCGGCCGUCCAAGGAGAACGCCCAGCUGCGCGACCACUCUGAGCAGCUGUGCGCAGCGGCGCGCCAGACGCAGACGGCCGUCACCGACCGACACCAGGCCGUCGGCCUGUGGGCCGACCUGGCCUCGCACAGUAAGCGUCUGGGCGAUCAGUUAUCGGUGAUGUCGGACCGACUCCAGUCCGACUCCCUGACCGCCGAGAAGGUGCCGCAGCUCAAACAGGAUCUGGUGACGCUGCAGAGCGAGCAGGCGGCGCUGGAGGCGGAGGCCGCGGCGCUGGCGCCGGCCGCCGAGCGGGCCGGUCUGACCGUGCUGCGCGGCGAGCUGGAGCAGCCGCCGGCCGAGCUGAGCGACCACACGCUGCGCCACCUGCAGCAGCUGCUGGACCAGCUGGACGAGCACGACGGACGGCUGGCCGAGCGGCAACAGGUGUGGGAGAAGUUUUGCGGCGACCGGGACGGCCUGGUCACCUGGCUGGAGGCCACUCGCAGUCGGGUGUCGGCGGAGCAGGCCGGCUGCGCCCGGCUGGCGGAGCUGCCAGAGCUCCUCUCCCAGCUGGACUGUGCGCAGAGAGAGGCCGACUCGAGGACAGAGGCCUUUCAGGCACUGCACCAGGAGAGCCAGGCGGUGCUGGAGUCGGACCCGGCCCGCUUCUCCGAGGUACACGAGGAGGUGGUGAACCUGGAUCGCGCCUGGAACAACCUGCGGCAGACCCUGACCGAGACAGCCGCCCGCCACCAAUCGCUCUGGGACGCCUGGAAGGCCGUACAGGACGCUCUACAGGCUGCGAAUGCUGCUAUUGACGGCGCAGAGGCGUUCCAGCAGAGCCUGGGCACCGCGCCGAGCGCCGUGGCUGAUCUAGAACAGAGUCUGAGUGACGGACGGCGUGCAGCUGAGAAGCUGGCGGCGACGCGGCGGCAACUGACCGCCGCUGUGACGAGAGCGCACGCCGCUGCCGCCGCUGCCGGACUCACGGAGUGUCUGAAAGAUGAGCUACAGAGGGUAGAAGCGUCAGCACGUGAGACCCAAUCUGAUCAGCUGCGGGCUCAACUGGAGCGCACGCUGCCUGACCUGGAGUCUGCCCAGGUGCUCUGGGCGCAGGCGGCGCGCGCACAGGAUGAGGGGCUGCGCUGGGCAGCGGCGGCACAACAGACACUGCGCUCGGCCGCCGACGGCGCGGCUGGCCUGCGAGAAACGGCCGCUCGUCUGGAGCAGUGCCGACACGAGCUGACCGCACACCAGACGGCCGCGCGGGCUGCUGCUGAUAAGGUGGACGAGGUGACACGCCUGCUGUCCGCCUCUGAGGUGCCGGCGCUCGAGUCGGGCCGCCGGCGGCUGGCCGAACAGCUGGCUGCGGUGGAGACGGCGCUGCGCGGCACUCAGACCACCCUGGACGGACUGGUGUCGCGGGAGGCCACACUGCGCGCCGCGCUAGGCCGCUGCGCCGAGUCUGCCAUCGAGCUGCGCCAGAGAGUGGCCACGCUGGACGAGCCGGCUGGAACGCCUGAGCAGGUGGUGGCCCGCCUGCAGACGGCUGACGAGUGCGCCGAGACGGCGGCCGAGCUGGAGACUGCGCUGGCCGCCAUCCAAACCGAUAUAGACGCGAUGAAGGAGGAGGGACUACCCACCAGUACAUACCAAAAAGAACACUCGCUGCUGGCAGCGAAACUGAAGAACAUCAAGACACAACUGAAGCGAGUCACCGCGCUGCUCGGUGGCUCACUGGAGAAGAAGUUCACCCUGCUGCUCAAGGACUCCAAGAAAGAGUUGUCUGCUCUCUCUGACAAGCUGACCUGGCUGGAGUCGGCGCCGGCCGAAGACCGAGCGGCCGUGGAGACUCGGCGGGACGUUCUGACUGAGGUCAGCCAGGGUUUGGAGGCGGCUCGCGCUGCCCAGAGCCGACUCGCCGAGACGGCCGACCAGUACCUGGCGGCGCUGCCGGAGCAGCGGCGGCCGGCCGUCACUGCCGCCCUACAGCAGCAUGGUGCAGAUGUGGACGAAGUCGCCGGCCGGGCGGCUGACGCGCAGACACGCACCGACGCUCUGCUGGCUAAAUGGACCGAGUUCGAGACAGCGGCGGCUGAAGUCAGCCAGCCUCUGACGGAGAUUGAGGCCUCGGAGCUGCCGGCUGGACAUCUGACGUCACCGGACGAGAUCGCUCCGCACCGCGCCACCGCGGAACAGAACGUGACGCGGCUCCAGGGUCUGGCCGAGCCGCUGCGGCGGACCGCCGCGCUGGCCGCGGAACUCGCCGAGCUGAGCGCUGACUGCGCGGCGCCGCAGCAGGCGCGGCAGCUGGAGGCGCGGCUGGAGGCCCAGCAGCGGCUGGCAGCCGCCCAGCAGCGCCGGCUGGUGGCUGCGGCAGAGGCUGCAGAGCAGUACCGACAGGCCGAGCGGGCCAUGACCAACUGGCUGAACGAGUCGCGACAGGAACUGACCAAACACGAGGCGGUACUGGCGGCCAGCCGACCCACCCUUGGCCAGCAGCAGCGCAUGAAAGAGAUGCGCGAGGCACUGGGUCGCUGUCACGACGGCCAGCAGUACCUCACCGCGGCCACCACUCCCGCCGAGCAGCUUCUGGCCGAGCUGGCUCCCGCCGCCCGGGAGACGGUUCGCGCCGAAUUGCGCGCUCUGAGAGACAGCUGGGAGAAACUGAUGGACGACGCCAACCAAGCUCUGAAGAAGCUGGAAGCGCUGGUGCUGCAGCUGAGUUCGUUCGACGACUGCUUCCGCCAAGUGGUGACGUGGUUGGACGGCGCCGAGGCGCAGCUGGAAGAGGAGCUGGAGCCGCGCGCCACACUACCCGAGAAGACGGCAGUGCUGCGGGACGAGCUGGCUCGCCGUCAGGAGGUACAGCUUCGUCAGCACAUGGUGGCCCAGCUGCGCGAGCGCGCGGAGCUGGCGGCCGACGGCGCUCCGCCCGCUGAGCUGGCAGAGUGCCUGCGCCGCUACGAGGCGCUCGAACAGGCGGUUGGAGCUCGGGUGGAGCGCGCCCAGGCGGCCGUGGACCGUCACCAGGCGCUGGCGCGCGCGCAGCAGGCGGUCGGCGAGUGGCUGUCCACCCAGCAGGGUCGGCUGGCCGCCGUGAUGGCGGAGAACGAGCCGGCGGCGGCGCUGCUGCCGGCCGUGGAGCGGCUCGAGGCGGCCGCCCAGGAGGGUCUCGGUCUGCUGAAGGCCUGCGAGGCGGCGCUGGACGCGGUCCGUCCCGACACGGCGCCGGAGGGUGGCGCGGCGCUGGACGCCGAGAUGGGCCGGCUGCAGGCCGACCACCACCGCUACAUCUCAGACGUGUCCGACCUGCGCUUCCGGCUGCAGGCGGCGCAGCAGCAGCAGCAGGCGCAGCAGGAGUGCAGCCGACAGCUGGGCGACUGGCUGCUGAAACAGGAACAGGCCGUGGCAGAGCCGGCGCUGCUCGACACGCAGCCAGAGAAGGUGGCAGAGGCGGAUCGUCUGGAGGCGCUCUGCGCCGAGGUGUCUGAGCGGCAGUCGCAGCUGGCGCAGCAGCUGGGCGGCGGCAGCGGCGGCCUGCUGCAGCCGCUGCAGGCGCGCUGUCAGCAGCUGCUCUCGCAGCUGCAGGAGCAGGCGGCGCGCACACGGCAGAUGGCCGGUGAACACGAGGAGUACGAGUCGCGCCGCGCCGCGCUGCUCGAGUGGAUCGAGGAGGCGCAGCGGCAGCUGACCGAAAACAGCGCGGUGGUGGGCCAGCUGUCUGUGUUACGCGAGCGGCGCCGUCUGCUCGAGGAGCUCUCGGACGAGUGGUGCCGGCGCAGCGGCGAGCUCGACUCUCUGCUCACACUGGGAGAGCGGCUGUACGCGCACACUGGACCGCUGGGACGGGAGACCGUCCGCGCCCACAACAUGUCGGUGCGCGCCGGCUGGGAGCGUCUCUCUGACGCGCUGCAGGCCGGCUGCCAGCGGCUGGACAGCUGUCUGCAGCAGUUUGCCGAGUUCAGCGAGCAGCAGGAGCAGCUGACGCGCUGGCUGCAUGACGUCGAACAGGCGAUGGCGGCGCACGCCCAGCUGCGCGCCACGCUGCAGGAGAAACAGGCACAGCUGCAGAGUCACGAGCUGACGGACCAGGAGAUCGGCGCCCACCAGUCACUGGUCACCGACGUCUGUUCGCGGGCCGGGGAGCUGAUCGCUCAGACCCAGGACAACUCGCUGCAGACAUUUGUCACCUCAAUCCAGGCGCUGUUCGACACUAUACGCACCAAGUCCAAGGAGAUCCUGGAGCACCUCUCCGAGUGUGUCCGUCGUCACGAGGAGCUGCAGACGGCCAGCCGUCAGCAGGCCAGCUGGCUGGCCGGUCAGCGCGAGCAGCUGGCAGCUGCUGACUCGGUCAGCGGAGAGCCGACGGCGGUCCAGCAGCGGCGAGACGCACUGCAGAAGGUGCAGUCGCGCCUGCCGCAGGGCCGCCGGCAAAUGAAGAAGAUUCACGACGCCUGCGUGCACACCGUACUGGGCACCUCGGAGCAGGGCGGCGCCGCGCUCCAGGCGGCUGUCACCGCGCUGGAUGACGACUGGAAGGCGUUCGAACAGCAGUGCGCGGCGGCCGACACUCGGCUCCAGGAGGCGGCUGACCAGUGGGCAGAGUACGAGCGGCGGCACCGCGAGCUCACCGCCUGGUGUGCCGAGCACGAGCAGCUCUUCUCCCAGCUGCAGCUCAAGGCCACACUCGACGAGAAGAUGGAAGUGCUGCAGCGACUACAGGCGGCCCGGCAGGCCAUCGUCGGUCGGGAGGCCGACGUUGACCAGCUGAUUGACUGUGGAAACGACCUGGCCCAGCUGUCAGGGCUGGAGAGAAUCAACACUCAGGUAAAGCAGGUGUCGACGCGCUACCAGGAGCUGCACAUGGCAUCCCAGAGCCUGCUGACCAAGUGGCAGAACAUGGUGGACGACCACCGCGCCUACGACGAGAAGCUGGCAGAGACAGAGGCCUGGCUCCGGGACACGCCGGCCACCGAGCAGGCCGACCGCGGCCAGCACCUGGUCAGCAGCCUGUGCUCACUCGGGGAGCGGCUGUUCUCUGGCAGCUCGGCGGCCGGCCGGGAUCUGGUCAGACAGCAGAUGCGCUCAGCCAAGGAGGGCUGGGAGGCGCGGCAGGCGGCCAACCGGGCCGCCCAACAGGAGGCGGCCGCUCGCUCCCGGGCCGAGGAGGCCUGCACAGAGGCCAUCAGUCAGGUGUGCUCCUGGCUGGACGGCACAGAGCGAACCCUGGCCGCCGAACCCACCAGCUGGCUCGCAGCGGCCGAGCUCAAGGCCAAACUGCAGAAAAUCAAGACGGCCCAGUCGGACGAGCCGCACUACCGGCGCCUGCUGGACGGCGUGGAGCCCCGCUGCGGCCUGCUACCCGAACCAGCCCGCGCCGCGCUCCAGUCGGCCACGGCCCGACUCCAGGCCGCCUCCGCCGACAGCCGGAGACAGCGCGAGCGGCUAGAGACGCUGCUGGACCAGCUGUCGGCGCACCAGGAGCUGGUGCGCGCCCACCAGGACUGGCACCGCACCACCGACGAACAAAUCAAGGCCGUCUCAGACGCUGCCGGCGGCCGCACGGCGCUGUCUCAGCGGGCGGCGCGGGCCGCCGAGCUGUGCCGCCAGCUGACGGACGGCGCUCCGUCCCUGUCGGCGCUGACGGCCCAGGCGGCUCGCCUGUCCCCGCUGCUGCCGGAGAAGUGGCAGGCGGCGCUGCAGAGGGAGCUGCAGCAGCACCAGAGCGGCGCCGACCAGCUGCUGCUCGCCGUACAGGAGGCGCAGCACGCGCUGCAGUCGCGGCUGGGCCAGUGGUCGGCCUGCGAGGCGGCGCUCGAGUCGGUGGUCGGCUGGUUGAACGAGGCAGAGGCCACGCUAAAGAACCACUACACGCACAAGAACACCCUGGAGGAGAAGGAGGAGCAGCUGCGCCGGUUCCGGGAGCUCAGUGCCGGUCUGCACCAGCAGGAGGCGCGGCUGGACAAACUGGCAGCGGACGUGCAGGAGCUGAGCCGCAGCAGCGGCGACAACCGGAUGACGUUCAUCGUACAGCAGGCCGUCUCGCGGGCCAACAACGUCCAGGUCAUGACCAAGGACCUCCUGUCCCGGUACGAAGAGGGGGUGAGCCAGCACCGGGAUUACGUGCAGCAGUACAACGCCUUUCUGGCCGAGUUCUCCGGCUACCAGGAACAGUUUGCCGCCGUGCAGACGGCUCCCGUGCGCCGCUCCACCCUGAAGCAGUCGCUGCAGACGGUGCAGCAGCUGCUGGCCGGACAGCCGGCCGUCAGCCGGCAGCUGGCAGCUGUCAGCCAGCUGGGCGAGCGGCUGUACGCGGCCACAGCGCCCGACGGCCGCCAGCUGCUGCAGGGGCAGCUGCAGCAGCUGCAGGCCGCGCACGACACGCUGUACGACCAGCUGGCGGCCACCGAGAAACAGCUGAUGCUCAGCGACAGCAAGUUCUCGGGUUACGACGAGUCGGCGGCCGAGCUGCGUCGCUGGGUGGACGAGGCACGCGCCCGAGUCAGCCAGGAGCUCGAACUGAAGGCCACCCUGGACGAUAAAUGUGACCAGCUGCAGUCGUACCGGCUGCUGCUGCACGACCUCGUGUCCCACCAGCAGGCGAUCGCCGACUGUCGUGAGAAGGCCAGCGCGCUGCCGGACCGCACUGAUGAGGUGACCCGCCUGCUGGACGGCCUGGCGCAGCAGCACCAGGAGAUGCUGGAGACCGUCCAGGAGCGCGUGGAGCGGUACGAGGCGAUCGUGGCCGACCACCAGCAGUACACCAAGGCCGUGCUGGACGCCCAGGAGUUUCUGGAGUCCACCCACUCGGCUAUAGAGAUGUGGGGCCGCGCUCACGGAGAACUCGUCACCAUCCGCGCCAACCUCGACAAACUGAAGCAACUGAAGGCGGGCCUGCUGGAGGAGGCGGGCCGCGUCACCCUGGUACAGACCCUCGGUGAGAAGGUGAUCCCCAACACGAGCGCCCAGGGCCAGCAGAACGUGCGGGCGCAGCUGGAGAGCACCGAACAGGAGUGGCAGGCGCUCAGCUCGUCGGCAGAGGCGGCCAUUAACGGUCUGCAGCGGGUGCUGGACCAGUGGAGUCGCUUUGAGCAGAUGAAGGACCAGUGGGCCGCCUGGCUCAAGGAGACGGACAUGAAGCUGCACGCCGUCAACCUCAAGGACACGCUGCAGCAGAAGAAGGACCAGUUGGAGGAACUGCAGGCCAUUCAGGGUGAGGUGCGCGCCCGUGAGCUGGAGAUUGACGCGCUGACGGACCGAGCCGAGGAGCUGAGCUCGGCCUGCUCGGCCGGACGGCAGUCGCAGCACGGACAGAUCAUCGCCAAGUACCAGCAGGUGGCACAAACUGUACAGGAGCUGGUGGCGACGUGGCAGCAGUACGUGGCCAGUCACAGCGACUACAGCCGCCAACUCAGUGAGACCUCCGUCUGGCUCAAAGACGUCCAGUCCAAGCUGGCCUACUGCUCCGACCUGUCGGCCACAUCGCAGAAGGAGCUAGAGGCCAAACUGGCCACCGUCAAGGACCUGUUGCUAUACAAGGACGAGGGCUUCAAGCGUGUGCACGCAGCCGUCGACCUGGGCCACCAGGUGCUGCGCAACACGGAGCCGACCGGCCACCAGGCCAUCAGCGAGCAGCUGACGGCCCUCCAGGAGAGCUGGGGAUCCAUGGCCACCCAGAUGGCCGAGACCAAGAGUAACCUGGACGAGGCGAUCCACCGCUGGGCCGGAUUUCUGGAGGAGAUUCAGCGCCUGAAGCGGUCCUCGGACGCCACGGGCGCGGUACUACAGGAGGCAGCGCAGUUCCAGACCACAAUGGCAGAGAAACGCGCACAGCUCGACAGACUCAAGUCCCUGGAGGAGAGUCUGCGCUGUGAAAAGUACGAGGUGGACAGUCUGAAGAGCAAGGCUGCCGAGAUGUCGGCCUCCGGUAACCAGGCGCAGGCGGCCGCUCAGGCGCAGCAGAUCCUCAACCAGUACGACCAGACUGCCGACCGGAUACGGCUGCUGCGCCGCGAGCGGGAGGAGCAGUACAAGCACCACCGCAGCUGGAAGCAGGCGUUCGACGAGUUCCAGGCGUGGAUGUCGACGGUGCGAGAGAAGGUGCCGGCAGUUCGACAGCGCUCCUUCGGAGACCGAUCGGCCAUCGAGGGCGUCGUGGCCGCGCUGGAUGGCAUCCUGUGUAAGCAGUCGGCCGGCCAGCUGACCCUGGAACACCUGGUGCACACGGGUGACGUCAUGAUGGCCUCCACCUCCGAGCUCGGUCAGAAGGAGAUCAGACAGGACGUGGCCAACGCACAGAGCCAGUUCGAGGAGUUCUUCAACGACAUCCGUCAGCAGAAGCGUAACCUGGAGACGAUCGAGAGCCAGCUGAAGUCGUACAAGGAGGAGUAUGAGCGCAUCUCCGACUGGCUCCAGGCCGCCGACGUCCAGGUCAAACAGCACAAGACUGUGUUCGUGGCCACGCGCGAAGAGAAACAGCAACUCGUCGAAAAGAUACAGGACGUGUGUCGCAGUCUGGAGUCGGGUGGUGAGGACAUCAGUCGUCUCCAGUCCACGGCGUCUGGCCUGCUGGCUUCUCACCUGGAGGGCUACAUCAGCCAGCAGCUGCGGCACCUGGCCUCCAGACACCAGGUGCAAGUGAACCUGGCGCGUGACGUGGAGCGGAAGCUGGUGGCGAUCGCCGACCAGCACUCGGAGUUUGAGGGCGCGCUGCGCCGCGCCGCUGACUGGAUGGAGGAGGCCCGGGAGGUGAUCCGCGGCCGCUCCGGCUCCGGCUCCGGCUCCGACGGCGAGCCCGACUCGGGACGGCAGGGCGUAGAGCAGCACCUCAAGGCCAUUCAGGAGCUGAUUCGUAACCAGGACGAAGGCCAGACGCUGGUGCACCAGGCCGCCAGUCUGGGGGAGAAGGUGCUCAGGAACACACACUCAUCCGGCCGGGAGGACGUUAAACAGGCCAUGAAGGACAUCCAGAACGACUGGGACAGGUUCAUCAAGAAACUCACCAACGCCAAGGCUCAACUGGAGACCAGUCUGCUGCAGUGGUCGGACGCCGGUUCCACCUACACGCGGCUCCAGCGCUGGAUAUCGGACCGGGAGGCGCGGCUGCAGCAGGUGCUGGAACACAAACCCCGACAGAGGCCGGCGGCCAACAAGGACCAGCUGGCCAGUCUGGGCGAGAAGAAGGCCGCACUGAGACGCACCAACAGCAUCAUGCAGGACAUCGUCUCGUUCCAGCCGAUGAUCGCGUCCGUGACAUCCAGCUCAGAGGGCGCGCGCGGCCGGCGGCGUCACGCCUCCGAGAUCAGCGACAAGUACGAGACGCUGAGCCGACAGGCGCGCCAGGCGUACGAGCGUCAGAAGCAGCUGGUCGAACAGCACGGAGCCUUCAUCGACGCCGCAGGGGAGUUCAUCACGUGGCUGCAGACGGCCCGAGAGAGACGUGCCAAGUGUGCGGAGCCCACCGGACACAGGGACGCGCUGGCCAGCCGCAUGACCGCGCUCAAGCUGCUGGAGGCAGACGUCUCGGAGGGCCAGUCGCUGCUCGACUCGGCCCUGGAGCUCGCCAAGGCGGCGCUGCAGGUGGCUGAGGACGAGGACGACCGGGAGGUGAUCGAGGAGCAGGUGGCCAAACUGCAGGCGCAGAUGGAUGACUAUAGGGAGUCGGUGGCCGCCACUCGGGAAUUGCUCGAGUCGGGCGUCGUCAAGUGGACCAAGUACGAGGAGCGUCUCAAACAGUGCCAGGCGUGGAUCAGCGACAAGGAGUCGGAGGUGCAGACCUACGGCGGACUGCACGCCGGCCUCCAGGAGAAACAGACCGCCGUCGAGGCCUUCCAGACCUUGCUGUCGGACAUGUACGAGUGGCAGUCGACGCUGGACGAGCUGAACGUGUCGGCCACCCUGCUGCUGGAUAACUGUGCCGACUCGCGGAUCGCCAACUCGGUCACCCAGCUCACCACCAAGUACAACGCGCUACAGUCACUGGCCAAAGACGUGUUCCGACGACUCGAGGUCGCCCAUCUGGAGCACAAGCAGCACUCGGCGCUCUGUCACGAGAUCGACGAAUGGAUGGAGAAGACGCGGGAGAAGCUGGCCGAGACGGCGCCGCUGACCAGUCGCCACUCUGAACUGCUCACCAAACUGCACACGGUGCAGAGCUUGCGAGCCUCUGUGGAGCAGGGACAGAAGAAACUCAGGUAUGCCAUGGAGCUGAAGGAGCGAGUGAUCAUGAACACGGCAGAGGGCGGGGGCACACGGAUAGAACAGGACGCCGACACCCUGAGCGCUGAGUUCGACAAACUCAUCGCCGACAUCAUGGAACGCAAAAACGAACUCACCGCCAAAAUCGGCGAGCUCGACGAGAUAUUCAAGGCCAACCAAACGCUGACUGAGGCCCUGGAUGACAUCGACGCCAAGAUCCAAGGCGACGGAGACCUGCUGUUCUCCGAACUCAACGAGAAGAAAACAGCGCUGGAAAAGUACCGAGCCCUUGCGACCGAAGUCCAGUCUCUGUCAAACCAAGUGAGCCAGCUGCGCACGACUGCCGACGCUGCUGAGGGCGAGAAGGCGCUGCCAGAGAUUGUACAGACGCUGGAGAGACACCGACUCACCGCCGCCAAAGUGGACGACGCCAUCAAGGUGCUGGAGGAGCGGGCCGCCCAGCACGAGCGGUACGCGGCGGCUCACUCGGCCGCCGCCGACUGGCUGAAGGCGGCCCGGCUGGGUCUGCAGCAGGCGUCUGACGCCACCGGCGCCUGGGACGAGCUCAACGCCCGGCUCGAGGCUAAUAGGACACUCACAGACACACUGCCGAAAGGCAAGUCGCUGUUGGACGAUGUGGUCAGCCAGGGCGAGGCGCUACAGGAGGUCUGUCCGGCCGGCGGUCACCAGUCCCUGGCCAGGGAGGCUGAGGCAUUACAGGCCGAGUACGACUCGCUGUGUAAGCUGGCGGCCUCCAGUGAGACUGCUCUGUCCCGCUGCGUGGCCGCCUGGUCCGAGUUCACGGCGCUGCACGACGACCUGCGCUCGUGGCUGGAGAAGGCCCGCGACCGGGAGCCACCCGCCCAGACCACCUCGGCCGCGCCGGCCGUCAACGGAGACGACGACCAGCACCUGCAGACCGUCAAGACUCUCUGGUCGGAGGUAUCGGAGCGUCGCCGCUCGGUGGACCGACUGGCCGACCGCUGUGAGACGCUGAUCGAGCUCAGUGGACAGCCGGAGGUCCGCGAACAAGCCGUCCAACUGCAGGCCGACCACGCCGCACUGCUCAGUCGGCUUCAGGCCACGUUGUCCCAGCUGGAGCGCCGCUGUCAGUCGGAGCGGGAGGUGACUGCGGCGCGCGCCGAGUUGGCCACCUGGCUGGAGCGGAACCGCGGCACAGUGGCCGACUGCCGGCAGCUGCAGCUCACCGCGCCGCAGCUCACCGACAACCUGCACAUGCUCACCCUGGUGUCGACCCGUAUGACGGAGGGCCAGCACCUGUUGGGGGCUCUGCAGACCUCCUACACAGCGGCGGCCGAGAGCCGACCGGCUGAGGCCCAGCAGGAGCUGACAGAGGACCUGACCCGGCUCAGGGCAGAGUAUGACCAGCUGGCCAUCGAACUGCAACAGGUGAGCUCGGAGGUGAAGUCGCGGCUGCAGCGCUGGGAGGAGACGGCCGACACGGUCACCCAGUUGGACACCUGGCUGACAGAGCUGACGACCCGACUGGACGCGGCGCCGGAGCCCACCGCCGACCUCGCCCAUCUGAGGGCCACGCUGGAGAGACUGACGGACGUGCAGAAGCGUCUGGAGGCCCGCCGCCCGGACCUGGACUCUGCUCUGGAGGAGGCCACUCAGCUAUCAGCCGGCACCGAGCCCGUGGCGUCAGCGGACGGCGGCCCGGCGCUGCUGGCCAGGGCUGAGGACGUGCGCGCCCGCUGGGAGGCCGCCGAGGGCCGCUGCCGAGAGCUGGUGGCCAAACUGCAGACGGAAGUGGAGGAGUUCAACGAGUACAACAGCAGCCUGCACGAGGCGCAGAAGUGGCUGCUGCAGAUCUCCUACCAGCUGAUGGGUCAGAACGCCCAGUACAUCUCGAACCGGGAGCAGACGGCCGCCCAGAUAGAGCGACACAAGGAGGUGAUGUCCGAGUUCGAGUCGUUCUCGGACUCGCUCCGCGAUCUGGAGCGGCGCGGCCACAGCCAGGUGGAGCGGUACGAGGAAGUGUCCCCGGCCAUCCGACAGGAGGUGGACAAACAGCUGGACAAUAUCCGCAGCAGCUACAGCUCGCUGCACGCCACCGCACAACAGAUCAACACCCGCCUGCUGGAGUCGCUGAAGAAGUUUGAGCAGUACGAGGCGCUGCUGGAGAGCAUUGGGGAGAACCUGUCGGCUCGACAGCAGCAGCUGGAGCAGGAGGUGGCCGAGCCGAUCCCCGACCUGGAGACGGCCAAACAGCGGCUGGAGGCCACCAGGAGUCUGCACAACGAGCUGCAGUCGGAGAAGUCUCGUCUGGACACGGCCGUGCAGAUCUGCGAGGCGGCCACGGCCUCCAUCAGCCGCCCUUCCUCGCCGCACGACCAGCCGCCCGACACGGUGCCAGAGCGGGAGCUGCAGGUGCGCUGUCAGCUGGAGCUGCUCAUUGACCAGGCCCAGUCUCGGCUGGCCGAGCUGCAGCGCACCGCCGACGGCCUCCAGCGGCUGGACGAGCGGGAGGACGAGGUACGCCGCUGGGCCGAGCAGCAGGCGCGGAUGGUGGCCGAGCUGGGCCGGCAGCGGGCCCGUCUGCAGCCGGAGCCGGCCGCCGCCGAGCUGGAGCGGCUGCGCGAGCUGCAGCGCACCCUGCUCGAGCGCGAGGCGUCGCUGGAUGAACUGGACUCUGGUCGGAUGGAGCUGGCUGCUGAGGUACCGACUGAGUCGGCCCGACAGGAGCUGGCGCGCCUGGCCGAACAGGUGGCUGAGGUGCUUAACGCUCGCACCACUGCUCAGAGCUGCGUGGAAGAGUACACGACCGCUCUACAAAACUUCCGGCACUGGCACCGUCAGACGUCCGACUCGCUACAGGCGGUGGACAGCCAGUCGUCGCCGGCGGACGGCCGUCUCCGCUCACUGGCCGAGCUGCGCCGCGAGUGUGACGAUCAGCGGCAGCAGCUGCAGCAGCUGGAGCAGCUGGCAGAGGCGGCCAGGGAGCGGCUCACUGAGCCCGAGGCGCAGCACGUCACCAGUCAGGUUUUGUCCACGCAGCGCAGUUACGAAGAGCUGUGCCGCCGGCUGGAGCAGCGGACCGAGUCGGUGCGCUCCGCCGCCGAGCAGGCUGACCGGCUGCUGGAGCAGCUCCGGCAGCUGGCAGAGUGGACCGCCAACGCGCAGCGCACCGCCGCCGGCCUGGCCACGCCCAUCGGCUACACGCCCGAGGCAGUGACUGACAGGAUCAACCAGAUUCAGUCGCUGGAGCCUGAGACCAAUUCGAAGCGGUCGAUGUUGCCGCAGUUCUCCAAAGCCAUCUCGAGCCUGGCGCCCAACAUCUCUGCUCAGGAGAGGGAGCAGCUGGCAACCAACCUGCAGCAGAUGGAGGGUGCUGUGAAGGAGCUGAGUGCCGCGCUGGAGACCCAGACGGCCGCGCUGCGCCGCGCCCGCGCCGACCGAGAGCGACUCCAGAAGGCGUGCUCCGAGUUGCGGCAGCAGCUGACGGACGCCGCCGAGCAGCUGCAGCUGCCCGAACAGCUGCCGCUGCCGGCUGCCCAGGUGCAGCUGCUCAUCGACCAGAGAAACACUCUGCUCUCGCAGCUGGAGUCGGUGUCUGCGCGGCGGGUGCCCGAGCUGCGCCAGCAGGCCGCGCCGCUACUGGCCGACUGCAGCCAGCAGGACGCCGGCCGGCUGCAGGAGCUGCUGCAGCGGCUGCAGGAGGACGCCGGCGCGCUACAGGAGCGUGCUCAGGCCGGCCGCGACCAGCUGCUGCGAGUGCACGAGGCGCGCCGCCGGCUGGAGUCGGAGCUGGAACAGUGCGGCGACUGGCUGCACACGGCCCGGGUGACGCUCAAACAGGAGCCGCUGGCCGGCACCAGCCUGCACACGCUGCACGAACACGUGCAUAAGAUGGCGGCGCUGCAGGAGGACUUUGACAGCCGACAGCGGCAGCUGGCCGGCCUGCUGGAGCUGAGUGAGCAGCUGCUGCCCGAGCUGCGGCCGCCGGACAAACUCACACUCACCGACCAGCUGAGCACGCUGAAAACCCAGUACACGGAGGUGGGCUCCCGUAUCGAGGAGCGGACGGAGGCGUUCCGCUCUGCCACCGCCCAGCAGGAGGCCAUCAACGGCAAGAUCGCCUCCAGCGUCACCUACCUGACCGAGAUCAAGAAGGAAAUCCGCGCGCUGAACCGGCCGCUCGGCUCCGGAGUGGAGGACGCCCAGGGCAUCCUGAGCAGCUACGAGGAGGUGCUGCAGAAGCUGCGGGAGUUCCGCUCCCAGCUGGAGUCGCUGCAGGAUCAGACGGUGGGCAGCAUCUCCGACCUCAACGACCUCAUCCGACAGCAGGACGAGCUCGUCAGGGCCAUCGAAAACCAGGUGUCGAAGCUGCGGAACCUGGUGCUGUUGCGCCAGCAGUUCCUGCACCUGCUGACCGAGAUCACCACCUUCCUGACGAGUCAUGCCGACGUGGUGGCCGACGUGGAGCGAACCGACCGGCCGGUGCCCGACAAAAUAAAACAGUACUCGGCAGUACUCGCCAAGGUGCAGGACAUCGAGGCGCUGCUGGCGGCCGCUCAGGACAAGGGACAGCAAAUCUCGGAGGAGGGCACCGUCAGCGACCGCAACGCCAUCCUGAAGCAGCUACAGAGCCUCAAACAGCAGGUGACGCUGCUCAAGAGGGCCGUGGAGAACAAGAGGAGGCAGUAUGAGGAGACGGCGGAGAAGCACGCGGCGCUGACGGACCAGCUGGCCUCGCAGCUGGACUGGCUGCACGAGCGACAGACGGCCGUCCAGUCGCGGCCCGCCCUCACCAUGGACGACGCCGAGCUCCACCGGCACUGUGACGAGAGCCAGACGCUGUGUGACGAGGCGCGGCCGGCGCUGGAUCGGCUGCAGCAGCUGGUCACAGAAGCCGACGGCCUGGGUCCGGGCCGGGAGCUCCCGGCCGGCCUGCAGCAGCAGCUCAGCCAGGCGCGCGGUCUGCUGCAGACGCUGCCCAACGAGAUCACCGACAGGCAGACUUACCUACGGGAGGCGCGUCGCCUGCUCGACCAGUACCGCUCCACCAAACAGGCGGUGUCAGAGUGGGCCCGUCACGUGGGAGAGAGCGUGGAGGCGGCAGAGGAGGAGGGAGCAGACGCCGAGCAGAGCCAGGAGGCCGUCACCCGCUGCCAGACUCUGAUGUCGGAGGAGACAGCGCGGCGCGGCCAGGUCUCUGAGCUUCAGGACACGGUGGACCGACUGCUGCCGCUGCUGGCGCCCGGCCCGCGCUCACAGCUGGACGCCAACCAGCGACAGCUGGUCGUCUCCUACGAGGCGAUCGUGGCGCGCGCCGCCGAGCUGCUGGAGGGCGCCGCCCGCCAGCUGGAGGCGCGCCGGCGCGUUGAUGCCCUGCUGGCGCAGGUGCGCGCGGCGCUGGCGGCUGCCGUCCACCAGCCGACGCCGCCGUCCAGUCAGGAGGCGCUCCGAGAGGCGGCCACCCAGGCGCGACAGGCGCGCGCCGCCCUAGAUUCCAAGCUGCCGCUGCUCUCUGAGCUGCGUACCCUGUUGGACUCCCUGGACGGCUCCUCCGGCGGCGAGGGCGGCGCGUCCGAGGCCGACCUGGCGCAGGACGAGUGGCGCCAGGCGGCCGACCGGCUCGACUCUGCUGCCUCACACAUGGACGACAUGAUCCAGCUGUGGCAUUACGUGGAGCGCGAGCUGCUGUCUCUGGAGUCAGCGGCGGACGCGGCCUCGGACAGUGUGGAGGCGCUGCGGCCGGCCGACUCGGCCUCGGACCGGCACGCGCUGGUCAAACAGGUCCAGACGUGUCGCACAGAGCUGGGCCAGCUGCGCCAGCGGCACGGGGAACUGGCGCCGCGCGCCGCCGACCUCGUCACCUACCUGCAGGGCGCCCAGUCGGCGGCGCACGGUCCGCUGGCCGAGCGGACCCGGCAGCUGCAGACCAACAUCGACGGCAUCGUGUCCCGCCUGGACGAGCGUCACCGGCAGCUGCAGGCCGAGGCCACGUUUGCUGAGGAGGCGGGUCGGCGCGCGGACGCGGCCGCCACUCGUCUGGAGCAGCACCGGGCGGCGCUGUCUGAGCUGGACCCGUACGGAGCCGACCAGGAGGACACUGCGCGGCGACUGCAGGGACUCCGAGAGGCGUCAGAUACGCUCGGCUCCGAGGUGACUACCCUCUGUUCGGAGGUGUCUGAGCGAUACGAACACGGCACGCCACGCGAUAUCGCUGCCAAGGUGUCCCGCGUGGAGCUGCUCUGGGACGGGUGUCGGCAGGCGCGCGCCGACCUGGACUCUGAGACGGAGCGGGCCGGCCGCGUGCUGACAGAGUACCGCGCCGGGCUCGGCUCGGUGGCGGAGUGGCUGGGCGACCUGGACGUGCGGCUGCGCUCGGGCGCGCUGGACCCCGAGGAGCUGCGCGCCGCCACCGAGGAGCUGCAGGCCGAGCUGGCCGUGACCGCCGUCACCAUGGCCGACGUCAGCCGGCUGGCGGGCGUCAUCACGGAGCGGGCGCGCUGUCAGCGGCAGCGGGCCGACGUGCAGCAGGCCGUCCAGCGGCGCCACCAGGAGCUGGACGCCGCCAGACAGCGGCUCGAGAAGAGGCACGCCCAGGUGAUGGAGUCGUUGGACUCGUGGAGCCGCUUCAUCGAGCUGCAUGCCUCGGUCCGAGACUGGAUGAAGAAGCAGGCUCCGCUGGCCCAGCAGCCACGCACGCUCAACACCCUGCCAGAGGCCAGGGACGCCCUCAACGAGUACAAGGCCGCCGUGAAGGAAUGCAAGUGGGCCACGCGCAAACUGCACGAGAUGGCCACCGAGCUGUCGAGUAUCGGCGAGACGUCGAGUGUUGACGCCCUUACCGAGCGGAUGUCUUCGUGCGAGCACGAUAAGAUCGAGACCGAGACCCUGCUCAAGGAGAGGAUGUCACUGCUGAUGGAAAUGACCGAGGAGUGGGAGCAGUGCGAGCGUAAGAUGAAGGACGUGCACGCGUGGUGCGCCACCUCGCGCGCCGCGCUGGAGUCGCAGCAGGCGCGCCGACGGCCGCUGCGCGACCAGCUCGCCUUCUGCGAGAAAAUGUCCAGCGACAACGGCAUCCAGCGCACGCGGCUCGCCAUGGCCGUCGACAAACUGGGGGUCCACUUCCGUUCGGGCUACUUCGACGGCGCCUCGGUGGUAGAGGAGCGGCGGGCGGAGCUCGAGACCGAGCUGCGCGCCCUGCAGACCACCGUUGACCAGCACUGCCAGGCGCUGGGCGUGUGUGUCGCCCAGUUGGAGCAGUACCAACAGCUCGGCCCGGCGCGCCGCCGGUCCAGCAGCCUGCCACCGCUGCCCGACACCUCGCCUUCCUCAGCAUCAUCUACAUCGUCUGCUUCCUCAUCCUCGGCUUCCUCUGUCGACACUGCCUCGGCCGACCGGGCUGCGACACGGCGAUCGGCCUCAAACUGUGCAACAGCGCGGGCGGGCGGUCGGGUGCGAUCACCAGAGUCCUGGACGGCGGGUCGGCCGCGCUCGCCUGAAUCGUGGACCGCCGCCCGGGCACGCUCGCCAGAAUCCUGGACGGCCUGCCAGCCGCGGUCACCUGAAUCCUGGACCGCUUGCCGGCCGCGGUCACCUGAAUCCUGGACAGCCGGCCGUGCGGGCUCACCAGAGUCCUGGGGUGCAUCUGAGCGCUGUCCCGCCUCUCCGGGGAAUGCCUCUCCUUCUGGUCGGCGCUCCCCGGCCGGCCGCCGACCCGCCGGGGAUCCCCGGGAGGCGGCCGGCGCCGGCGCCGUGGUCCGUUUCCUGACCCCGGACGCCCGGCCGGCGGAGGACACUCCGGCGCGGGACGGCCGCGCCAGCCGGCGGCGCGCGCUGACGCCUCAGACGAGCGGCGAUCAGCUGCGCAGCUGUGUGCGGAACGCGCGCGCCCUGCUCCGCCAUACCUGGCGCAUGUGUGCGGACGUCCAGACGCUGCGCGCGCGGAUUCUGGAGGUGGACCAGCAGCUGCGUACCGUCUCUCAGCCGGCACACGUGGCAAAGGACCGGGACGCGGCGCUAGCCCAGCAGGAGGACUGUCGAGAGCGUAUCAAAAGCUUGCACGCCAAGAUCACCGCCAGGAAUGAACGCAUUAAACUGUUGAUACAGCGCGGUAAACCUGAUCCCGAUCCACUGCCUGCCAAUCCUUGACUGUGAGAGAGCGCGCGCAGGCCGGCCGACCGGUGCCUUUUCGAGUGAAUGCUGUGUGGAGAGCUUUGUUCAGUGCGGCGCGAGUCUGCCCUGCGCGGCAGACGACAGGCGAACGUUGUCGUUUGAUAGAGCCUGUGAGUGCAUGGUGGUUGUAAUGUCAUGAGCGGAGUGCCAGUCGAGGGAAGGGAAGGGAAGGGAGGGCUAGGAAGCCGGCGCUCGGUGGUGCUGUGCACGAACGUCGAUCGAUGCAUUGCAAGGUGCAAGUUGGCGGCAGGGCAAUUUAGCCCCUCGGCGUUGUAUAUCGCCCUCGGCCGGCUAGCUCCUAAUGGCGUUACCAUGGACGCGAUUCAAAACAGUCGGGGUUCCGUACCGGGUUGUGAGCGCUCUUUGUGUCGUGACCCCGUACGUGUGUGGGCGCGGGCGGAGCGGGGUCCGGCCCGUCCGCUCAGUUUGUGAUACACGUGUGUUCCGUGGGCAGGCCGGCCCUGUGUUGCCGCCCAGCUCGCCCUGAGGGUGCAUGUCUGAGCGCGUUCAGGUAGAAUAUACACAGAGUCUAC